CAAAACUACUAAUAGAGUCACAAAGAAGCCAACCAUCUUUCCUUUCUCUUUGUUCCUUAUAAAUAAUUCGGUUUUCAAAACCCUUUCCUUUCUCUUUCUUCCUUCCUUCCAUUCAUUCAUUCAUUCAUGGCGUCCCAAGCCAGCCUUCUCCUUCAAAAACAACUCAAAGAUCUUUGCAAAAACCCUGUCGAUGGCUUUUCUGCCGGUUUGGUUGAUGAAACCAAUAUUUUUGAAUGGAGUGUCACCAUAAUUGGACCUCCUGAUACUCUCUAUGAGGGAGGGUUUUUCAAUGCCAUCAUGAGUUUUCCUUCCAAUUACCCUAAUAGUCCACCAUCAGUGAAAUUCACCUCAGAGAUAUGGCACCCUAAUGUAUAUACUGAUGGCCGAGUUUGCAUAUCAAUUCUCCAUCCUCCUGGUGAUGAUCCUAAUGGUUACGAGCUUGCAAGUGAGCGUUGGACACCUGUUCACACAGUAGAGAGUAUAGUAUUGAGUAUCAUAUCCAUGCUUUCCAGUCCAAAUGAUGAAUCUCCUGCAAAUGUUGAAGCUGCAAAAAUGUGGAGAGAAAAUAGGGAGGAAUUCAGGAAGAAGGUCGGUCGAUGUGUAAGAAAAUCACAAGAGAUGUUGUGAUUCAACGCAUGCGCAUCAUGGUGCUUUUGUGAACCGGAGGAACAUACAACAUACCUAUAAUGGAUUGCUUCACUUUUUUUGCUUUUGAUCUGUGCAAGGAUGGCUUUUUGGAAGUUAGCACUUCUAUUUAUUUCAGCUCCAUGUUAGGAAUUGGAAACAAACUGUACUCUUAAGUGCUUUGGCCGGUGGUUUGACAUGGGAAAUUUACUUUGUUUAUUUGCAUAACCUUUUUUUGGUUUAAUUUUGAUGAGUCUAAUUUAGUGCUUUGUUUUGGUCUUUCUGCUUAA